AGCUGGCCGGAGCCGGACCCAGAGCUCCCUCGGCUGCCAUCUCCCUGGGCCAGGUCAUGCGCUGCCCCAAGUGCCUGCUCUGCCUGUCAGCGCUGCUCACCCUUCUGGGCCUCAAGGUGUACAUCGAGUGGACUUCGGAGUCCCGGGUCACCAAGGCAUACCCAGAAGCCCGGGGCACCCUGCCAGGUCCUACAGCUGCAGGUGCGGAGCCCACCCUGCCUGCCAACCUCUCAGCCCGCCUGGGCCAGACUGGUCUGCUCUCCUCAGCUUACUGGAACCAGCAGCAGUGGCGGCUGGGGACCCUGCCCAGUGAGGACAGCACUGAGACAGGAGGCUGCCAGGCCUGGGGUACUGCUGCCGCUGCAGAGAUCCUGGACUUUGCCUCCUACCCUGAAGACCUUCGCCGCUUCUUACUGUCAGCUGCCUGCAGGAGAUUCCCACAAUGGCUGCCUGCAGGUGAGGACAGCCAAGUGGCCAGCUGCUCCAGUACUGAUGUCCCCUACCUACUGCUGGCUGUCAAGUCGGAACCAGGACAUUUUGCACAACGCCAGGCUGUAAGGGAGACAUGGGGCAGCGCAACCCCUGGGAUCAGGCUGCUUUUCUUGCUGGGGUCCCCAGUGGGUAAAGGAGGACCUGACCUGCGCUCACUGGUGACCUGGGAGAGCCAUCGCUACAGUGACCUGCUGCUCUGGGACUUCCUCGAUGUCCUCUAUAACCAGACACUCAAAGACUUACUGCUGCUGAGCUGGGUGGGCCACCACUGCCCUGAUGUGAAUUUUGUCCUGCAAGUUCAGGAUGACGCCUUUGUGCACAUCCCUGCCCUGCUGGCUCACCUGCAGGCUUUGCCACCCACUUGGGCCCAAAGCCUCUAUCUGGGUGAGGUCUUCACCCAGGCCAAGCCUCUCCGGAAGCCUGGCGGGCCCUUCUAUGUGCCCGGGUCCUUCUUUGAAGGUGACUACCCAGCCUAUGCAAGUGGAGGCGGCUACGUCAUUGCAGGGCGCCUGGCUCCCUGGCUCCUGCAGGCAGCAGCCCGCGUGGCUCCUUUUCCCUUCGGUGAUGUCUACAUGGGCCUCUGCUUCCGUGCCCUGGGCCUGGUGCCCCGGCGCCACUCAGGCUUCCUCACAGCCUGGCCAGGUGACCGUACCUUGGACCUCUGUACUCUUCGAGACCUGCUGCUUGUGCGACCCCUCAGCCCCCAGGACACCAUCCGGCUCUGGAGACAACUGCAUAGCCCAAAGCUCAAGUGUUGAGUCUCAUACAGAGCAGGGCAAGGGGUGGGGGGCAGGCCUGGGGCCUGACACUGCCCGGCUCCUCCCUCCAGGCCUGGAUGUGAGGGCGGAGGUCCUAGAAUAGGACUGCUCGAGCACCUCCUGGGCCCUCUCUGGCCAGGGACAGGGCACACAGGACAAAGCAACAGGCUAUUUUAGUCUGGUUUUUUUUUGUUUUCAAAAAAUACGCACUUCCCACUCUGAGGCCUGGAGUUGUCUUU